GUUGUUGUUGUUGUUGUUGUUGUUGUUGUUGUUGUUUCUCGGCUCUGAUAUCGUGUCGUGUUGUUCUGCUCUCUCUCGUCAUGAUGGGCGGCGGCAGCAGCAGCAGGAUCGCGGCUGGUUUGGGCGCGGCGCUGUUCGUCGGUUACUGCAUUUAUUUCGACAAAAAGAGACGGAGUGACCCGAACUACAAGAACAAGCUACGAGAACGAAGAAAAAAGCAGAAGGUGGCUCAGGAGAAAUCUGGAUUAUCAAAGUUACCAGACCUGAAAGACGCCGAAGCCGUUCAGAAAUUCUUCCUGGAGGAGAUUCAGCUCGGAGAAGAGCUUCUGGCGCAGGGUGACUAUGAGAAAGGCGUGGAUCAUCUGACGAAUGCGAUCGCCGUGUGCGGUCAGCCGCAGCAGCUCCUGCAGGUCCUGCAGCAAACGCUUCCUCCUCCAGUCUUCCAGAUGCUCCUCACCAAACUGCCCACCAUCAGCCAGGUGACACGCGUUUGA